AUGGAAAAGAUGGUUUUUCUCAACACUUAAUAUUUGGAAAUUUCAUUUCUAGGAGAGCCCUUAUUAAAAGAACAUUUGAUUAAUAUAACAAAUAAAAUAAUCUUAACAAUCUAAUUAAAUAAAUGGAGAAAAAGAUCAGAUUCAUAUUUUGAAAGAUAGUUUCUUAAAAUGCUUUGGUGA